AUGGACGUCAACGACCUUCACCCGCCAGAUGACUACAGCCACAGGUUCUUCAUCUGGCAUGAAUGGAUCCAGGCCAAUGGACCGCUCACCAGUGAGAAUGUCUUCGAAUACUUCACAACUUCCAUGUUCUACGACAAGCAAAGCAAUAACCAAGUCCUUCGCAUGCAGACGAUGCAUACCGGGCAACCCAUACUAAACGAAGCAGAGGAACUCAAGCGCUUCACUGGUGUUGAGUUUGCUGUCACAUAUGCCCAGCCACCUUCCCUGUUUAUCAUUCACAAACGCGAUCGUUUGUCCCCAGAAGAAGUCCGCCCCUUAGCAGCAUACUUCGUGGUUAACAACCGUAUAUACCAGUCUCCCGACUUGUACACCAUUUUAUCCAACAGACUGCUCACCUCCCUUACCUCUCUCCAAACCUCCAUGGAUAUCCUCCGCUCAAAACGUCCAGAAUAUACCCCAAGGACGGGAUUUGUUUGGCCGAUUAUAGACCCUGCGCUCGUUGACGAUGCAAAGAAGAAGCAUGAUCCUCGCCCCACUGACAGCCAGCCAGCGUCCGCCAUGGUGCCAGAUACCCAAACAUCUGCUUUAACGGCCGCAUCUACUACCCAAGAACCUGCCGUACCUACUAAGAAGCAACAGAACAGCAUGCUAAUGUUCAAUGCGAUGCGGACCACCGCGGCGCAUCCCACUCUGUCGUUUGCGUCUCGUUUAGCCGGGACGAUUGGUGACGACACUCUUGCCUCAGAGCGAAUGUCUACGGCUCCAGAUACUCGUGCGUCCGCAGCGCCUACACCUGGGACCCGAGGUGUUUCGCCACGCGAUGCGUCUACCGCUCCUACUCCACAGGACCCGUCUGCCGCCAAAACUGUUUCAGGAAAAAGAAAACGAAAAAGAACGUCUCUGGCUCCUGCACCAAGCUAA